AUGGCUGCUGUAAUGAUGCAUGCUUUUGUCCAGUUGUGGAGCAGGAAGUCUGGAAUGUCUAAGUCAAAAGAAGUAUUCAUUGAAACAGUGGAAGGAAAGAAAAAGAUUAAGCUGGUGCUCUAUUUCAACAAUGGCCAAUACAAAAUUUUUCGACUAAGUAACAAUAUAAAAAAUGUGGUCCUUAGCUCUUAUGGAGAAAAGCAAAAUCACCUGCAUUUAACUUUCCAAAACAAUAGCUUCUUGUUCAUUGACAAAUUAUCCUCCCCUGAUGCUGAACAGUUAAAGUUAUUCUUAGACAGAGUUCAUGAAAACAAGAUUCAACCAGGCAAGAGACCUCAUAUGCAUAUGGAUGUCCUUGCCAGCACAACAACCGAGAAAGAAGUCCACCAGACUUCAUUUUACAAAGUCUUAAAGAAAUCAAGAUAUUUACUUGCGGAGACAGGAAAGGGAAGUGAAAAACCUGCCCUUCAGAAGAUACCUUUGCUUAUGUCAAAAUCAUCAACACCUAUUUACAAAGGGUUAUUAGAGAAUCUAAGGAAGAGGAAACAAAUGUUAUCAUCUAAGUUAGAGAUGAAUGAGAAUACCCUGAAAGAAAACAUCACAAAGGAUAAGAGAGAUGCCCUCAGGUAUAUAAGGCACAAAUGGGAGAAACAAUUGAAGUUAUUGAAGUUUGAGAGUUUAAAAGGGAAUAAGAAAUUGGAAUUUGGAUCUUCAGCUACAUCCAACUCUUUUGGAAACCCUGACCUAGGUGCCGCGGGUCUUCUCCAAACUCUGACCGAGAAAACAUUUUUGGCUUUUCUGAUCGGACCAAAUAAAAGUCUGAGUGGCCCAGAAUGGGAAAAAUUGAGGCUGUCUUUUGACUUAUACCCAGAGAAAUUAUGGCAAGGCCUCCCAAAUUUGGGAAACACCUGUUAUAUGAAUUCAGUCUUACAGUGUCUAUUUUCAAUUCCAUCGUUUGCUGAUGAUUUACUUUAUCAGAGUUUCCCAUGGAAUAACAUUCCCCUUGAUGCUCUUAGCAUGUCCUUGACACAGCUGCUUGUUUUGAAAGAUAUUUAUAACAUAAAAGUCAAGGAGUUUUUACUUUUGAAUAUUAAAAAAGCCAUUUCAACAGUUGCAGACAUGUUUUCUGGCAACAUACAGAACGAUGCUCAUGAGUUCUUAGGUCACUGUUUCGAUCAGCUGAAAGAGAGCCUGGGAAGAUGCAACACAGUCUGGAAGACUACAAGCGAAUUGCAGGAAGAAAAUUCACCUCCAGAAAUUCGCACUGAUGAGGAUGCCACCAAAGAGCUGUUUUGUCCUGUCAACAGUAAUUUUGAGUUUGAAUUGCUGCGCUCUAUUGUUUGUAGUGCUUGCGGUCACGUUGUCCUCAAGACAGAACUGAACAAUUACUUGUCGAUCAACCUUCCUCAAGGACCAAUACGAUCUUCUUCAUCUAUUCAGUCUAAUUUUGAUCUUUUCUUUGAAGCAGAAGAGCUUGACUAUAAUUGUGGAAAGUGUAAGCACAAGGUUUCUGUUGGAGAACACAAAUUUAGUAGACUACCCAGAGUCCUUAUUGUUCAUCUGAAACGCUAUACCUUCAAUGAGUUGUGGUCCUUAAUGAAGGAUGACCAGGAAGUCAUUGUUUCCGAGUAUUUAAAUCUGACCGCUCAUUGCAGUGAAAGCACUAAACCACCUCUUCCCUUGAACAAGAUUGUACAUACAAGGGAUUGCGGAGUAUUGAAACUUUUUCAAAAGAUGAAUCCUGGAAGCCUCAGCUCAUUAACAUCUUCAAUUAAGUUGACCUUGGAAUGCAAGGAUUCCCUGGCACAACACAUUCGAUCAGACGAGUCAGGAUCAGGAUGGGUCUUUAAAAGGGCGAGCAGACAAGAGGGAAAAGAACUGAUGAAAAUGGCUAAACAGAAUAUAAUGCAGUCAAAAUUGUUACGCUUAAAACAGAAGGCACUCAUUGAAAGAGAGCUGUUAGCUAGCUCAAUGAUGUAUCUAGGAGACACCUCCUUUUCUCAGAUGUUUCAAAGAGAUAGAGGUGAAUUCACCAGCAGUUCAGACACAGGAGACGUACAUGUUGCAAAAGAUCAUUCUGAAGAAGUUUCUGAAGAUCCUAAAAAGAAGAAAUACAAGCAAACCGAUAUGUUUGGAGGUUUUGAUAGGGUCACUGAGCUUAUCGAAAAUUUUCAUGAAAAUCACAAAGCCGGAAUUCCAGAAGAAAUUGAAAAUUUUGAUGAAGAAACCCUGCUGUGUGACGAGAUAAUGAUCUAUGAUGAAGUCCUUGAGCCUGAGCAGGCACCUCUUGGAACUUUUCCAGACCUAGUUCCCCAGAGUCACACAGAGGACUCCAGUCCACCCACAAAAGUAAAACUCCAAGAAGGUACUGUGACAUCCUCUGAGCAGGUACUACCUGGAAGUUUUAAACAGCUAGUUCCUCAGAGUCACACAGAAGACUCCAGUCCACCCACAAAAGUAAAUUUCCAAGAAGAUAUUGUGAUGUCCCCUGGGCCUCAGCAGGCACCACUUGGAAGUUUUACAAAGCUAGUUCUCCAGAGUCACACAGAGGACUGCAGUCCACCCACAAAAUUAAAUCUCCAAGAAGGUAUCGUGAUGUCCCAAGGUGUGUUAGAUUCCAAUCAGAACCCUGGAAAGAAAGGCAUUUUAGAUAAGAAGACAGAGUCUGAAGCCACAGAACCAAAAAGAAAUGACAAUAAGGACGAUCGUUACACUUAUCGGCUCAUUGGUAUUGUCAACCAUCUUGGGAAGACUCCAAAUUCAGGCCAUUAUCUCAGUGAUGCCUAUGACUUUGACAGGCAGGUCUGGUUCACUUACAAUGAUAUGCAGGUGUCAAAUAUCCAAGAGGCCCUGAUGCAGGAGACUAGGCUUAGCACCGGAUACAUCUUCUUUUACAUGCAUAAUAAGAUCUUUGAAGACCUGUUGAAAAGGCCAAAAAACUCCCAGGUUCCUAGCAAGGAAAAAGGGAUGACCCCUCAGGAGAAAUAA